AAACCUCUCCCCAAAUCUUCACCAUGUCAGAAGAACAAAUAUUAACGGCGAUCCUCAAUCAGGCACUAAUAGGAAUCUUCAUGCAUGGCAUCCAUACUUGCAUCGUGGUAUUUGCAUUAUGGGCAAUAUUCUUGAGCAAAGAACCUCGAUCCAAAGCACAAAACACUAUGGUUUUCUUGAUUAUAUGCUUGUUUAUCUUUGCCACAAUUCCUGUUGCUACAGACUGGGUUUUGGUUAUCUACCUCUGUAUUGGGAAAGGAGACUCUGGAUUUGUUCAGAACCUAUAUCAUUGGGCAGGAAUUGCACUAUGUGUCAAUGCUGGCAUUGCAGACUGUAUCACGAUCUGGCGCUGUUGGAUUAUCUGGGGCUGUUGUUGGUCAGUUGUUAUAUUACCAAUACUACUUUUUCUGGCCCAGGAAGCUGGUGGCAGUGUUGCAUUGCAAUCCAGCUUACAAUAUACAACUAUUGGUCCCAAACCAUUGGAACUCAAAUGGACCAUAGUAUCUCUUUCCUGUUCUUUAGGAAACACACUUUUCUGCACUACACUCAUAAUCUAUCGUAUCCUGACAGUCAAGCAGGGCACAGAUAGGCUGAAUAACAGCACCAGUAUGCGCACCUACCACCGAGUCAUUGAGAUUCUAGUUGAAUCUGCCUUACUCUAUGCUAUUGGCUUAAUAGCAUACAUGGUUUUAAUCCCUCUCAAAGCACCAAUGUGUUUUUACCCAGAAUGCUUCUAUGUUUCAACAACUGCAAUCUCUCCCACACUUAUUGUGGCACGUGUUGCAUUGGGAAAUGCACGUCCCAAUGACAGCUGGCAAAUGGGCUCCAAUGUCCCUUCUUUACAGUUCGCACCAGUGGUUCACUCAACAAGCAUGAAUCCUGAUAGUGUGUUAACUGCUAAUGAGAAUGGUGUUGAUCUGGAACAUGGUAGAUCAGAGAUGACUGAUAAUCAUGAACCAGAGAGCAUUACUAUGAAUACGGAAAAGGGAGCUGGUGAGCCAGAGGACAGGGGAAUAGAGGACACUUAGAAUAGUUUUGAUGCUAUCAUUUUUGUCCAUGUUGACAACAUUAUUCCUUAAAUCCUUCCGAAAGCAAGAUAUCCUUAAUCACAACUUUAGUUCAUUCUGACCAUAUGCCAACUUCGCCAACUUGACUCCAUACAUGAUGUCUUCUGGGUCUUUGCACUGUAUUCAUCCUUGGUCUCCAAGUCAUCAUAGAACUCUUUUAAGUACACCUUUCAUUCACCUCCAUACAUGGUUUGGCCCUUAAUUCUUCCAUUUCCUCAACUAUACCACCCAGCUGGGAAAUUUUAUUGUUUUGGUCUAUAUUGUCUCCAAUUGAAUUUACACCCAACGCUUAGCCUCGGGUAAGUCGGUACUUGCUCGUUUGGGGCACAGCCACUUCUGAGGCUCACUCAUUCAAUCACUAUUCUCACUCAUGUCUGCGGCUUCUUGCGAUG